CAUCCACUGCACGCUCCCAGCAAAGACACGACCACUGAACAAAGUCGGCAAACCUCCGAGCUCCAUCUCCGCACCGAAUUCCACUCGACUAGCUACUGACCUAGUCCGUUCCCAAAGUCCCUGCCUGCGCCACUUGUCAGUUAAUCAGUCUUCCCUUACCUUGCCUUGCCUUCCCGCCCGGUCCGUGCGGGGCGUUUCGUUUGUAAAGGAACACCUUGCAUACUUUCCCUCUUCCCUCUAUUCCCGAAAUCAAUUACAUCUCUCUCUCUCUCUCUCUUUCUCUUCUCUUAUACAACCACACGGUUGCACACAUACAUUCUCAACCCGUACUCGAACCCUCUCCCGACACUUUGUUCGCAAUGGCUCAAACCCCCCAGCAACGCGCAGCCAAUGCCAAAUUCGCCAAACGCGAAGAGGCAAAGAUGGGCCGCCCCUCCGACUUCCGCGCGCGCAAGGAGACCUUCUCAAGCCCAAUCAGCAAGGGCUGGGUCAGUAAGUUCUUUCCCAUAAACCUGCCCUGCUCCAUCCCGCUGCGCAAGCGACCCACGCAACUCUGCAUGUGAAGAAGCGGCCAGAAAGCUAAUCGCACAUGUCUCCUCGCCAAUAGUUGUUCUCGUCUUCGCCCUCUGCGGCGGCGUCAUCUUCGAAGUCCUCAAACUCUUCUUCUAAACGGGGAAAGAGAUUCCGCUUCGCUCGCUCGCGCCUCUUCGUCUUCGACCCCCGACUCGCGCUUCCAGCCCACCGUGCCCCAAUCAGUCUAAGAUCCUGCACCUCGAACCCUUCCAGCUCAUGGACCUCGAUACUGGCGUUCCCCGGUUUCGAAAGAAGGGAAAGGGGAGACUAUUGCGUAUACGACUUUCCCCCCCAAUCGCUGCGGUUGAUCUGUGGAUCUUGAAAGGAACAACAUGGGAAUGCGAAUGCGAAUGCGGUUGCGGCGGAGCAUAUGGAUGGAUGGUUCUCCCUCUACAUUCUCCUUGUCCCCACGUGCCCCUUUCCCUUCCAUUUUUUAGCCUCUUUUCCUCAUCUGCCCUGCUUUUCUUCUUCUUCUUGUUUAUCCCCUUUUCCUUCCCUCGCGAAAUGGAAUCUAGGGCAUCAGGACAGAUUUCCUGGCAAAAGGGUCGCAGAAUUUCCCUGUUUCUUUGUUUUCCACUGGCGUUUUCUCACAUCAGACAUGGCGUUUCUUUCCCUUUUUUUUUCUCUCUUUUUACUUUGCUUGUCAACUUGCUUUUGUGUUAUUGGAUCUUUGUGGCUACUUUUUUCCCCCUUCUCUUCUCUUCCCUUCCCUUCCCUCUCUCUGCCCUUUUUCUCUUCUUAAUGUUGUUGGUUUGC